AUGGCAAAGUUAUCAUGUUCUUAUUUUCUUGUACUCAUGAUUGUAUUUUCAGCAUGUUUAAUGGUUGAAAGAACUGAAGGGAAGCUAUGUGAAAUAACCAUUAAUAAAGAAAUGGCAUGUUAUUUGCCCGAUUGCGAUCGAGACUGCAACGAGCUUUAUAAUGCCAUUGCCCAUUGUGUGGACGAUCCUAAUGUUCCCGGACCUCUUAACUGUCGUUGUACAUAUAAUUGUUAA